AUGACUGCAAGCUCAGCGUCUACACAAAUGGUCAAGCGCACCAUCCUCGCCAGCCGGUUGACCGCACAAAUCUCGAACGUUACCGAAGCUUCUCCUCGGACAAUCAGACCCUUUGCCUUUGGUUCAAUCCGAAGGAUUCACAACUCGGCACGCCUGCCCACAAUCACUGCUUCAGAGAUCCGGCAUAGGCCGACGCUGCGACCACAUCAGCUGUCUGCGACUCACACCCGGGUCAACGGGCAGCCCCCUACCGGCAAACGAACCAUCUUUAUACAGACGGAGUCGACCCCAAAUCCUGAUGCUUUGAAGUUCAUCCCCAACCACAGGGUUCUUCCAGAGAAAUUCCCUACCUCGUUCUUGGAGUACCUCUCCCCCCGCUCCACUCUUGCUCCCCCGCAUCCCUCAUCGCUUGCCUCAAACCUUUUCAACGUCGAAGGCGUGCAAUCAGUCUUCUUUGGACCCGACUUUAUCACAGUAACCAAAGCUAGCGAUUCGAAUUGGGCCCACAUCAAACCCGAGGUAUUCAGUCUCAUCACCCAGGCCGUGACCUCCGGCGAGUCGAUCGUCAACACCGUGGAAAAGAGUGGGGAGAACGCACAAAAAGGUGGCGACGAGGACUCGCUCAGCUACAAUGAAGAAGAUGACGAAGUCGUCAGCAUGAUCAAGGAGCUUCUGGAGACGCGGAUCAGGCCCGCCAUCCAGGAAGACGGCGGAGACAUUGAGUUCAGAGGAUUCGAGAAUGGAAUCGUCCUGUUGAAGCUGCGCGGCGCAUGCCGGACGUGCGAUUCCAGCACCGUUACCCUGCGCAAUGGAAUUGAAUCCAUGCUUAUGCAUUACAUUGAAGAGGUUCAGGGUGUUGAGCAAGCCAUUGAUGAGGAGGAGGAGAUCUCCAUGCACGAAUUCGCCAAGUUUGAGGAGAAACUCCGACAGCAAAAGGGUGCUCAGGCCACUGCUCCCUCAUCGCUCGACUCGGCUCCUUAG